CUUGGAUUCUAUACAUAAUCUCCCCGGCAGCUGGGACGUGGAUCCAGGAAGGGGGUCCCACAGGCCUGAUAGAGGAGAAGGUGGCUUAGGCUUCACUCAGGAGAGGAUGAGCACGCAGUGGCCACAGGCGUCCGGCCGUCACUGCUGCCCUUGGCAUUCCUGAGUUGAGGCGUCUCCGGCUGAGGGUGGAGUCUGGACAGUCACAUCUGAGACCGCUAGCCGCAGCUGGAAAGUUAUCAGUCUUUACCGAGUCCGCUGCCCCCACCAUGACCCCCACCAUCCUCGAGUUCCAGUACAGGCAAGGACAGGACACUCUGCACUGGUUCGGACUACUGACCAGUCAGCGGCUCUUUCUGGACUCAGCCGAGCUUAUGGAGCAAGCGGACCACAAGGGCCUGGCAGCCAUAUUGGAGUUUGUGGAGAUGAAGAUGGACGCGAUUUCAGUUCUUCUGGGAGUCAGCAGAGGACAGACUGAGGGAAGAGGGCAUCUGCUCAGAGCUUUCCGUUAUGCCGGCUUUGAGGUCGUGAGGCCGGAGCAGCAGCGGUGGCUCCCAACCUGCGCCGACAACGUCUUCCUGGUCUACACGAUGGACAGAGUGACCUCAGCCGGGGGGAUCAAAGCCCCCACUAACAAUAAGCCGUAA